CUGUGUUUCAUCAUAUUUUUAACAGGUUAAAAUUAGAUGCCAGGAAGAGAGUGAUUAAUAUGAUAAUGUUGUCGAUAUGUCGAAAUGUGGGUCUUAGGAACUAAAAGAUUUUUUUAGAACAUUUUGCGUCUGAAAUUGUGCUUAUCAAAGUACAACCUGUUUCUGAGGGGUUUUAAAAUGGAUAUUUAUGGAAAGAAAAAAGUAAUUAGCUGUUUUCUAUGUCCACUGUUUUCAUUCGUGAGUUUGUCUUAUGUAAGAUAAUACAGUGAAAAGUAACAUAUGUUACUUGACAUUUUGAUGAAGGCUAAUUGUCCAGUUACAGUCUUGAUAAAGCUAUGAAAUAUAUAAUCUAACUGUUUUUCGUAAAUUAGUUUUGUUUAGUUGCAGCAUAGACAAAGUCUGGACUCAGCACAAUUGUUUUUUUUUUUGUUUUUUUUUGCCACUCACUUGCAUUCUUGAACAGAUAAUCUCUUUACACCCCCUCACCUCUCUUGUACUCAGUGACACCAGAUUGAGUGAUUCAGUAGGAAAUAGUAAAUUAGCUGGAGUCACACCAAGCACAAUAGCACUGGAUGAAAUAUAACAGUUAUGAAAACUGAACUGUCUGUACUGUCUGAUUUAUGUUGACUGUUCAUGGAAUCAGUCGAUUCAAAUUAAGUAAUGCAAAUUGCUUUGCAAAUUAUUGUUAUAAUCUAAUACGUAUUUAACCCCCAAAUGGUAUUUUUGAAAUUACUUGAUGAAUCAAAUAUUUGAUCAAAUCUCUCCCUCAAUUGAGUGGCCCUUGUAAAGUAUUAAUUUACAAUGUGAAACAUGUUAUUUCUGACAAACAAUUAAAAAAAGCUGUAUGAUAUGACUUUAUGAUAUAAUAUGAUAGGAAAUGAUGUGAUAUGAUAUAUUAGGAUGUUCGGGAUGCCCAAACAAAUAGAACAAAAAUUAUUUUUCAAAAGAAUCAACCUACAAAUGACAUCCUUAUCGUUGUUUCUGUAUUGUAAAAUGGGAUUAGAGAAAUGCUUUAACAUCAAAAUUGCACACUUUACCUGUAAGGAACAAAUAAAUGAAAAUUUCCAAAUGGAAAUGCCACAUUGUUAUCAAAACUGCUUAUAAGCAUGACCAGGUGUCUUUUUCAUACAUAUCGAGAUGUAUGCUACAGGAGAAAAGAGAAAGACAAGCCAUUCAGAAGACAUUACACCAUGUAAGGAUAUUCAGUUUACAUUUUCUCUUUCCUCAAUGGUGGGACAUUCAUACUGGACAAAACAUUUGUUUUGUGUAAUUAAAUUAUUAACUUAGCCAUGGACAAACAGUAACAUCAUUUCAACCUUUGACCUCCUGCACUAAAAGAAUGAGGUUAAAGAGUAGCUGAAAUUAAAUAUUUGUUUUGAUCAAGUGAGGAUUGAUAAAUGUUAUCUCUAUACAAAUGCACUGCAUGUAUCAACAGAAAAACAAUACAUUUAUGUUUUAUUUAAGACAGAUAAUACUUUUGCAACAGCCACAAGGUAAAGGUCUCAGUUGUUGUAUUCAGCCAUAUGUUAAAAAUCUAAACAUUGAUUUUCAAUACUCAUAGUUGCAAGAAUAAGUUUUCAAACCCUUUGAUUAUCUGAAUUUCUGCACUAUUAACUCAUAAAAUGUGGUCUGAUCUCAAUUUACUAACAAUUAUAGACAAACACAAUCUGACAUAACUAAUAACACACAAACAAUUGAACUUAUUUGGUGAAUACAAUAGGUAAUUAUUUACAGUGCAGGGGUGAUGUAAGUGAACCAGUGAACCCUAGUAACUUCUACCAUGUUUUCAUGUCUGGUUUGGACUUUUGUUUUAUUUCCUGUUUCUCUGCCAUGUUGGUAGUCCUUUGUAGUUUUUCAUGUUGAUUGUUGAAGACACCUGUUAGUCUACAAAGCUGGAAAGAGUACUGAAAAUACUCAAGUAAGUACCAUUACUUUCCAAAAAAUUUAGUGUGAGUAGAGUAAAAGCUUGUACAAAAAACUACUUAAGUAAAGUAUUAGCUAAUUUAAAAGUACUCAUGUUCAAUGUUCAAUGUUCAGAAAAGUGCAAAGUAUACAAGAAUUAAAAAAAAAAAAAAAACAGAAUUACCAAUGAUUUGCUCUUAUCAUCCGAUUGUGAUUGUAUCUCUCUAUUUGUGUUAGUGGAUCUUAGUGCUGCAUUUCAUACUAUCAACCACAACAUUCUUUUGAAUAGACUCAAAUAAAGCAAUAAGCCCCAAGAAGCCUUGGUUUACAGUGAAUUUAUAACAGCUAAGGGGCAUUGUUAAAAACCCCUAAAACCCCCUUAUCUGUUAUAAAUUCACUGUAAACCACAGCUUCACAGGGCUUAUUGCUUUUAUAAAACGGUGAACCCACAGCCUGAAGUCACAGAGAAGCAGAAUGAAUGUCCUUCAUCUCUGCUUCACAGUCUGCUGGGACAGACCCUCUCUGAUGCUUCAGUUACGCCACAUCAGUCAGCCUGUGCCAUAGCUGAAGAAGAGGUGACCUGUUGUUGCAGUACCCCACCACUCUCUCUAUCUGAGGACCCCCUCAACUGGUGGCAUGUCAACAAGGUGUCAUUUCCUUUGCUCUCCAAAAUGGCAGAGGUAUUUAUGCAUUCCUGCAACCAGUGUCUCUGCAGAGAGAGUGUUUUCCACUGCAGGAGAUAUUGUCACAGCAGGGCGAAGCACACUUACUCCUGAGCAUGUGGACCAACUGCUGUUCCUACACAAAAACUUAAACUUGACAGUAUAAUAAUAUUAAUAGAUAAACUAUGGUAGGCCUAGAUGUUGGAUAUUUAAGUUCUUAUUUAAUUUGUGGCAUAAUAUUUUUUCUGCAUUAUGCUUUGUGAAAAGGCUCUAAACAAAAGAAGCUAAACAUAUUUUAAACUCUACAAAAUUUAUUUAGAAUUUUUUUAUUAUUAUUAUUACAAUUUUUGUUUUUAAAGAGAUUUCUUUGUUAAAAGGUUCUAAACAAAAGAAACUGAAAAAUACUCUGUUUGUUCUUAAUAAUUGUUCUUUGUAUGGCUUUUCAUGUUUUGUUCAUCCUGAAUAUAACUUUGUUAAUAAAAUAAAAGUAUUGAAAGAAAUCUUCAUCAUAAUUUUUAAGAUGGCAAUACUGUCAUACAGAGAUUCCAACUAUAAACAAAAAGUAUAGAAACUCCCAAUUUUGGUUAAAAUAUAAAGUUGAUGUAUUUGCACAGCAGAAGAAUUAAUUAGGAAAAAAUGUAUAUCAAGAAUCGUUUUGGAAUCGGAUCGUGACCCCCAGAAUCGGAAUCGGAUCGGAUCGUGAGGUGACAAAAGAUUCCCACCCCUAAUAGAAACUAAUAAAUGUGUGAACAAAUGACCAAUUUCAGCCACAGCUUAGUGUUUAGUGUAGGAGGGGGGCAGGGACUGAAGUCUGUGGUGAAGUCAUGAAAAUCCAUGAUUCAUUUUAGCGGAAGUGAGAGACUGUAAGUUUUGAAUGUUUAUAUCUCUUAAAUACAGAUUUUGUCAUUGUUUUGGAACACACCAGCGUAUUCAUAACCUUAAGGCUAACAUAUUCAUACUAAAAGCUAAAAAACUUGAUUUCACAGGGACUUUAAUGUAAGGCUAACAUUGACAGUACCAUAAUGUCAUAUUUCUACAGCUUUAGUAACUACAUGGUAAUUUUCUACAGCUUUAUCUGCAUGGUUUUAUGGUGGUGUUGUAUGUAGGCUAUUGAAAAGACUUGAUCGCUUUUUUCAAGGAUGUCAAUGCAGGCAGAUCAAAACAUUGUUGAAUAUCAAGUGUCCCCAACUAAGCAAGCCAAAGACGACAGCGGCAAGGAACCCAAACUCCAACAGGUGACAUCAGGUGGCAAACAGGUGUUAAAAUGGAGAAAAAAACCUAGGGAGAAACCAGGCUCAGUCAGGGGGGCAGAUCUCCUCUGGCCGACAGCGAACAGUGCAUGAUUAUGAUUCAGGCAGCUAUCAUAAGUCCGAUUGGGAUCGCAACAGUCAAAGUAUUUAUUCCAGUUCCAUCUAAUUGAGGAUCGUAUUCAUCACGCCGGUGUGGGACGGUUUGUUGAGGAUCUGUGCCACUGGCUGUCGUGUCGAUGAGGCCUUCACAGUGGAUGAUCUAGUUGACACAAUCUCUGCUGACACUUCAGCGUUCUGCGUUGUCGCCGUGUCUAGGCGCACGUCCUCGAUCUCACCUGGAUACGGACCGGAUCCGGCUGACUACAGUAAACCUGGGGAUAAACAGAGAGACUAAUAUUAGCGUAGAUGCCAUUCUUCUUCUGAUGUAACGAGUACGUCUGGUGUUAUAGGAAGUGUUCCCAGUUCCGGCUGACCUAAUUUAUGCAGCCUAUAACAAUCCUUUAACAGAUUUGAAAACAUAAAUUGAUAAUGUAAUUAAGUGUAUGCCAGGGUAAAGAGAUGCGUUUUUAAUCUAGAUUUAAACUGACAGAGUGUGUCUGCUUCCCGAACAAUGCUAGGAAGAUUGUUCCAGAGUUUAGGUGCCCAAUAGGAGACCUGCGGUUGAUUUUGAUAUUCUAGGUAUUAUCAACUGGCCUGAAUUCUGAGAUCGCAAUAGAUGUGAAGGAUUAUAAUGCAUUAAGAGCUCGCUCAGGUACUGGGGAGCUAAACCAUUUAGUGCUUUGUAAGUAAUUAGCAAGAUUUUAAAAUCUAUAUGAUGUUUAACAGGGAGCCAAUGCAGUGUUGACAGAACUGGGCUAAUAUGGUCAUACUUCCUAGUUCUAGUAAGAACUCUAGCUGCUGCAUUUUGUACGAGCUGUAGUUUAUUUAUCAAGUGAGCAGGGCAACCACCCAGUAGAGCGUUACAGUAAUCUAGCCUUGAGGUCAUGAACGCAUGAACUAACUGUUCUGCAUUUGUCAUUGAGAGCAUAUGUCGUAGUUUAGAUAUAUUUUUAAGAUGGAAGAAUGCAGUUUUACAAAUGCUAGAAAUGUGGCUUUCAAAUGAAAGAUUUGUAUCAAAGAGCACACCCAGGUUCCUAACUGACGGCGAAGACUUAACAGAGCAGCCAUCAAGUGUAAGACAGUAUUCAAGGUCAGUGAUUCUCAAACGGGGGUACGCGUACCCCUGAGGGUACGUGAGGUGACAAGAGGGGGUACGCAAACAAAAUGCUGAGUUUUGCCAUUCAUUUAAUUCUACCCCACCUUAAAAUAAUUAAAACAGAGCAUGUAUUUCUAACAGGCAAAAUGUCAUAAAUACAUGAGAUCCAAUUUUUGCGGUCAAAACUGCAUCCACACAAGAAGCGUGCAAAUAUGUUGCAUGCAGAGUAGUGGCGAGGCCAGAAAUCUUCAAGUGGGUGGACCUCUAUUUUUUGUCUUUAUAUAUAUAUAUAUAUAUUAGAAUUAAUAAUUAAAAAAAUGUUUGAAUGAAUGAUUCAAGGAUUCACUCAUAAAGACUUAUUGUGUCAAUACUGGACGAAUGAGCAUUUUUGAAUGAAUCUCUUGAAUAAAUGAUUAAAUAAAAAAAAAAUUUAACAGUUACUUGUCGCCACCUACUGGGGUAACAAUAGGAAUUGAUACAAUCUUUAUUUGAAGCGUCUAGUUACUUUCAAAAAGAUUUAGGCCUACUCAAUUUUCGCUACUGUAGACAUCAGUUUAUAUCUGAAAUAUAAACUUUUAUCCAAGUAUAUUGUUCUAUAUUAUAUAUCUAAUAAUUCGAGUGUUUGUUAGACAGAAAUAAUGUUGAGAAGACUUUGUGUUUUUAUUUAUUUCUAUUUUGAAUAAGCCUAAACAAGACACAUUUAACUUAUAGUAAAUAUAAAUAAUAAUAAUAAAAAAAAAACUAGAAUAUUUCUGUAUAUGGCCAAAAUCAUUCACAAAAUUGUACUGAGGCUCAAAGCGUCUACGCCAAUAAGAUUUGCUGUCUUAUAAACCAAUGAAAUUGUGCCCCGCCCCGCCCCGCCCCGCCCCGCCCCAUCGUCUGGCUUGGAAUCGAAUGCACGCUCUGUGACGACACAGUGCGCACAGAAGAUACAUAACUCAGCCCAGCUAUUAUCGGCAUUAGAAGCUGCUAUGGUCACUGGCGAUCGAAGUGUACAAGAGUACAAGUCUACCGCUAUAACCAAUAGGCAAACACAGUGUUCACACAGCUCGUUGAGAUGCAGAAUCUGACGGCUACAAUGGACAUCAUGUUUGCUAACUUUCCACUGGAGUUGGAAAGUUGCAGCAGCUUUGGCUCGUUUGAGGACGCUCAAGUUGAACCGUUGAGCGGCGCUGUGAUGCCGGCUGACAGGCCCAGCAGCAGCCGCCCAACGGAGGCGCCUCAGCCGCCACCGUCUCUCCCUAAGGUCGUUUGGGAGGACGACACAACCGGUAACUGACAACGUUAAUAAAUCAAAACUGACACACGCACAAAUAUAUAUAUAUAUAUAAUGUAAUUGUUCAAGUGUUCUUGUAAAUUGGUCAGAAACUAUGCAAAACCUGCUAAUUAUUCACAUGAACUCAAAGCAUUAGAACAGUUUUACUUGUAAGUCAUUUAGCAUAUGUGUUAAAUCAAAAUAUGUUUUAUAUUAAAUAUAUUUUUUGUAUAUUGUUUUUUCUAAUUUACUAUCUGUUUCUUGUCAAUGUCAUUUUCGUAUGUGUAAACAGCUCUUUCUGACUCUGAUUUUGAUUGUUUGCAGAAAAGCACACACAAGGGUGGAAAUUUCUUGCUGGCCUCCGGAGAGUAUGGAAGGCUAUAAAAGGUUCCAUCCAUACCCAGGAAGAAACCCAAGUGUGUGCUUUUGUGCCUGAGGAUCCAUCGGAUGAGCUUCCACACACAUCCAGUAUAGAUCCGUCAGGCACAGAUCCGCUUGAGUCCGAACCAACAGAAAGUGAGUCUCCAGAUAUUACCACUCUGGUUCAUGUCCAUGUCAGCCUGAUGUUUCUGGGUUUAGUUUUCAUUUUUCCUUCUCAUCUGCUGGUUCCUCACCUAAAAGACCACCAAGGUCAUUUUUGGUGUGUGGGUAAAGCCCUAAUUACUAAAAACUAAAGUAGCCAAUCAGAUUUCUUUUUACCCAUCCCACAGCCAUGCACACACACACACAUUUGACUUUACAAAACAGAAACACACACCUUUAUUAAAUAUUGUUAUUUCCUAUUUAUUCUAUUUUUAUUAUCUGUGUCUUGUCACUGUCAUUCUGUCUUGAAUGCAGGGUUUCCGCCGAUCCUUAAAAAGUAUUAAAUUAGAUUUUUAAAAUUUAAGGCCAUAAAAAGUCAUAAGUCUUAUUUUUACUUAUGAGAGGUCUUAAAUUAUAGAUGACCCUUUGAUUUGAUAUUUUGAUAUAUAUAAAUCAUUUACCAAAUUAAAAAUCUAUUAGCAUACACAUUUUUUUUCUUUGUGGAUUUACUUGACAAUUUGCGGGCCUCGUGGCAUUUACGACAGCGUAUAAUAAAUAUAACAAAUCCACGUUUUGAACGAAUCGGUUUAAUUAAUGAUUCAAUGACCCAUUCAACAAAGACGGUCACUUGCUUCAUUCCUGAAUAUAUCAGUCAUUUGAACAAAUCGGUUGAAUGAAUGACUCACUCAUUAAGACUUGCUUCCACCUACUGGCAGUUUAGUUUCAUAUUGAAAGUACAUUUCAAUUAAAAAGUUAAAAUUAGAAAUAAUUUCAUGUUUAAAUAUUGAAUUCAAUUUAUUUAGAAAAAUUGUAAAUGCUGUGUAAAUAUAUUAAUGCCACUUCUCAUAAUGAUUUCAUUUGAUUGGUAAUAACAGCCCUAUACUGUACUAUUAUUCUAAUUGAAUUUAAUUUGAAUUUUAGAAUUUUGACAUAAAAGGUGAUGCAUACAUCUAAUAAAUUUAGAAAAAUGCCCUUAUGUAGGUAAAAAUGCCCCUGGAAAUCAAUUUAAGGUGGCAAAUAUUGCUUUUGAAACAACUUUAAAAGUAUUGAGAUAAAAAAAAAAUGUUGUCACUAUUGCACACCCCUAAUGUAUAGUAUUAAUUUUUAUUUCUUCAGGUCUUAAAAAGCCUCAAAUUUGACUUUAAAAAAUGUGCAGCAACCUGGAAUGUGUAAACAUAUCUGGCAUUAAAGCCUUUUCUGAUUCUGAUUUUUUUGCAGAAAAGCACACACGAGGGUGGAAAUUCUGUGCUGGCCUCCGGAAAGCAUGGAAGUCUAAGAAAGAUUCCAUCCAAACCCAGGAAGAAACCCAAGUGUGUGCUUUUGUGCCUGAGGAUCCAUCAGAUGAGCUUCCACACACAUCCAGUGUAGAUCCGACAGGCACAGAUCCUCUGGAGUCCGAGCCAACAGAAGGAUCCUUUGAAUCUCUUUAUGAUGUGGGAAAGAAACUGAAAUCGAGACAAGGUGUCAGUUAUCAUGUAGGAUUUCGAAACUCCGAUGACAAACGAGUGAUCAUCAAAUUUAUUAAGAAGAACCGGCCUGAGAAACUAGUGGAAUUGCCUGGGUAUUCCAAACCUUUAAGUCAAGAGGCAGCUGCAAUGUUGAUGGUGCAAAAGCCUCCAACUAGCGAGCAUCUCGUACAAUUAUAUGAUCACUUUGUCAUGGAAGAUCGAGACAUCUUGAUUAUGGAGUAUUCACAUUCCUACAUCACCUUGUUUGAGUAUGUCCUACGAAACAGAGGUAACCUGACUGAAACCGCGGUGAGACACAUCAUGCGGGAGCUCAUUGUUGCUCUUCAGCACUGCGUGGGUCAUGGUGUUUAUCAUGACACGCAUAUGAAAAGCAUACUUGUCUGCACAAAAACCCUGCAAGUAAAGUUGAUGGACUUUGGAGGCGCACUGAUCGUCGAAGAAAGACGAGAAGACGAACCUAUAUUAACCAGUGCAAUCAGAAAGUACGCUGAAUGGGCAACAACUGACGACAUAUGCAAAGUGCUGGAUGUGCUGGUCCCAAGAAUAAGUCGUUGGUUUUGGAUAAGACCACGCGUGUCCAAAGAAUGCCGGGAUCUUUUUGAGCGCCUUCAUGAGGAAGAGUCACGGAUGACGUUACAGGCUAUUUUGGAUCAUGACUGGUUUAAAGGUUUAAAAGAAAAACCGAAGCAUAAGAAAAGUUCCCCUGCGUCGGCAGCUCCUCCACAGGGCCUAUAGCUCAGCUGCAGGGUCAUCAGCUGGAGACCCCGGGGACGGUUCACGCCUUUAACCCCGGAACGUGGAUAAGACCACGCGUGUCCAAAGCGCCUUCAUGAUGGAGAGUCACGGAUGAUGUUACAGGCUAUUUUGGAUUAUGACUGGUUUAAAAGAAAAACCGAAGCAUAAGAAAAGUUCCCCUGCUUCGGCAGCUAUAGCCUAUGGCCAUGGCCUAUAGCUCAGCUGCAGGGUCAUCAGCCGGGGACGGUUCACGUCUUUAACCCCGGGAUGUCUCCCUUGCACCCCUGCAUGAUGACACUGAUGGCAACUGUCCUCUACUUGUAUCCUGUCUGCGUGCCUCCAACGUCUCCACAAACCUAUUCAGAACAUUAUCACGCCCCACCGAUAGCGGCUUUGUGCAAGCCCCACCUUGCAGCCAGACAGGAUGUGCUGGAGGCUUACAUUUGGACUGCGUUCUUCCGGGCCAGACCACUGUGUUUUAGACAAGCAUCGUGGCAAGCCCAGCCAUUUUCUUGAAUUACUGUGGACAGUGGAUUUCACAAUGAUUCAUUGUCCACACAAUGUAAAACCAUGCCUUAUACUUGCCUGGAAGCUGGCUUUGGUCAAUCCUUCCCUAGUGAAAUAAUAGCAAAGCACAAUUUAUUUCAAUGUACUUAAGCAUAACUAAAAGUAUUUGUGGCACACUGUAAAUUGGUAUACUUAAAGUCUGUUAAAUUGGAGCAUUUUAGCAGUGCUGAAGUUCAACUAAAGUUGUAUUACACACUUGUUUGUAAACUUGAAGUGUGCC